GUGUGUGUGUGGGAGAGAGAGGGGGGCUGCCCUCUGCCGCCAUCCCAGGCAGGCGCUUCUUUCAGCACCAUGGACAGCAGGCGGGGGAAGCCCCCGAAGAGCCGGUGUUAAAAGGCGUCAGUGCAGUCGUUCCCAGAGAGAAGGAGGGGUGGCGAAUCGGAAUGCGAGCCACGAAGCCCAGCUCUCCUCUCCCUUUCCAAGCACCCCUUUCGCAGUCCUGAGCAGCAGCUGGGCUGAAGGCAUCAAGAGCCAGGGACGUGUCUUUUGGCAUUAGCCCGAUGUGACUUUCCCAGCCCCCCUCUGGAAGCAUGGGGAUCAUUUGGGCUUACCUUGGAUUCCUUUUCUGGUCGAUAUUAAACAUUCAGGAGGGACUUUCUUCUCAAGCCAAAUUUACUGAAUUCCCUCGAAAUAUCACAGCAACCGAGGGCCAGAAUGUGGAGAUGUCUUGUGCAUUCCAGAGUGGCUCUGCCUCAGUGUAUCUGGAAAUCCAGUGGUGGUUUCUACGGGCAGCUGAGGACCAGGAACCGGGAGCUGAGUUGAUGGGCACUCAGGUAGAGCUAUUGCCAGAAAGGGAUUUGGACAAUGAUGGAACAAAGAUAAGCACAGUGAAAGUACAAGGGAAUGAUAUCUCCCACAAGCUGCAAAUCUCAAAAGUCAGGAAAAAAGAUGAAGGGUUGUAUGAGUGCAGGGUGACGGAUGCCAAUUAUGGAGAUCUUCAGGAAUACAAAGCCCAGGCCUAUCUCAAAGUCAGUGCAAAUAGCCACUCUCGACGGAUGCAGGCCUUUGAAGCGUCUCCCAUGUGGCUACAAGAUAAGCCUCGCAAGAACAUCUCAGCAGCCAUCCCCAGUAGCAUCCAUAACUCUGCCAGCCAACGUAUACGCCCCACCUUCAGCCCUCCAGCAGAUGCCAAAAUCCCCAAACAAAGCCCACAAUCAGCAAAGAGCAAAUCAUCUGUAAAACCUACGGAGCGGACAGCAAAGUUGACCCUAACUUCCAACUCUGCACCCAAUGUACUCUAACUCUCUACACCAAGGAGCAUCUUCUUCGGGACAAACACACAAAAAUAAUCAAAAUAUUAAACAAAUUUUCAAAAAGGAGAGAAGAGGCUACCACAUAGUUGCUUUAUUUCAUAGGUUCCCUUUCUUUGGAAUUGGAAUAGUGUGCUGGAACAUUGUUCAACUUAUCAACAACUUAUCUCUUCCUUUCUCCCCUUUUUGGUUUGACAAAAGAGAAUUGCUGAAUUUCCUUCACUAUUCAGAGGCUGGCUACAAAUUUUUAAUACUUUCAAAAUGGACAUUUGUUCUUGUUUUUGAGGGGAAAGUACCACUCAAAACAGAAAGGAAGAAAAGAACCCAAACUCUCUCUCCCCCAAAUCUCAACUAAAGACCUGUCUGACAUAUAGGAAGUAUAAAACAUUUCUGUGACAAUGGAUGGAAAUAUAUGUUUUAAAAGUAUUUAUUUUCUAAAUGAGAAAUCUAAUAAAAAUUCAAAACUGCUUAUUGUACAAAAGAACUAGAUUUCUGAAAGAUAUUCAAAGAAGUGUUUAAGCCUCUCUCAGGCAUUCUUCUCUCUUUUAAUUUUUCCCUGUCCCGUUGUUUUUGGAUUUCUUUUCUGUUCUAUGGUGGCAAGUAAUUGUUGGCCCUGGCCAAUCCUUGUGGAGCACAUGAAAGUUUGUAUAAAUACAUAUUUUGUUUGUGUGUGUUCUCUUUUUUGCUGUUUUUUUCUCUAAUUUUGCAACUCCUGUAUAUGCGAACCUAACUUAAAUUCUGUAAAUUGCUUACUUGUGUGAAAUAACUUCAGAAUAGACAUCCUGCAAGCCAGUUCUGAAUAUUAUCUCAGUGUUGUGCCACCAACUCACAUCUGCUUCCUUUUCAACAAAGCAUUCAUUUUAAUUUGUCAUUCAGUACUAUGUAGAAUUUUGUAAUUCAUCCAUUCACUUUUUGCUGGUCUGAGCCUUUGCAGAUGGCAGUGUGACCCUCUGUUUACUCUGUAAAAAUGCACAUUAAAAUUUGUUAUGGUCUCCAAA